UGAGGGCCGCAUGUGGCCCCCGGGCCUCCUGUUGACCACCCCUGUUCUAGAAGAUUUAAAGUGUUUGUUCCCCGGGUGUCCCCAUGGGUUCCUCCGGGUUAAAGGCACCGUAUAACCUGCAUCCCCCUAACAGGCAGCGGGAGGUCCUGGUGGUGAAACCGGAGAAGUGCCGACUCAGCAGCAGCAGCAGCGGCCGUGAAUGAGGCUCUUCUCCCGGCUACUGAGAGCGGCUCGCCCCGGGACAGAUGCAGCCAGCCCCGGCUCCCCGGGACCCGCAGCCCCGCCACUAGGAGACAUGUCCACGGUGAACGGAGCCUCCAGCUGCCGGGCCAUGGUGGCGGCGGGCCGGCUCCUGUCCAGCCGGGUCCUGCUGGGCCCGCAGCGGCGGAUGAUGAGCGCCGAGGCGGCCGGAGCGGAAGGAAAGGCCGCGGCUCCGGGCCUCCUGCAGGAGCAGCUGGGCUUCUCCGCCGCGGAGCGCCACGUGCUCAGCCUGAACCUGGUCUACCGGGAGGUGAAGGCUUUCCUCAACGAGGUCGGAGGGAACCCCCGGGAGGCCCGCUACUGGCUCACACAGUUCCAGAGGGCCUCCUCGGCCCAGUCCCCGGCCUUCGCUGUCCUGGAGGUGGACAGCUCAGUGUUCAGCAGCAGGGAGAUGGUCCAGAGUCUGGCCUUCGGGCUCUCCUUCCUGCAGCGGAUGGAUAUGAAGCCCGUGGUGGUGAUGGGGCGUUCUGAGGACGAGGCCCCGGGGCCCAGCAGCCCGGGGGCGGGGUCCCUGAGCACCGCGGGGCCCAGCAGCCCGGUGGCGGGGUCCCUGAGCACGGCGGGGCCCAGCAGCCCGGGGGCGGGGUCCCUGAGCACCGCGGGGCUGGUGGAGCGCAGCCAGCAGCUGACGGAGGCGCUGCAGCAGCACUCGGCCACCGUCCUGCCGCUCUUCUCUGCUGAGUCCUUCCUCCUGCUGAACCAGGCCCCCCGAGGCAGCAGCGCCCCCCCCUCCGUGGCCGUGGACCCCAGCCUGCUCCAGUGGAGUCUGAACUGUGGGACGAUCCCGCUGGUGUGUCCGGUGGGGCGGGACGGCCGAGGCUGCUCCGUCAUGUUGGACACCACGGACGUGACGGCAGCCAUCUCCAGAGUUCUGCAACCACACAAAGUCAUCUUCCUCAACAACUCAGGAGGCCUCCGCAGCCAGGAGAACAAGGUGUUGGACACAGUGUUGUUGCCUAGCGACCUGCCCAGUCUGUCCAUGGCGGCGUGGCUGAGCGCUGGCGAGCGGCGCCGCGUGGCGGCCAUCGCCAGACUGCUCAACCAGCUGCUCACCGAGUCCUCCGCCGUCAUCACAUCAGCUGACACGCUGCUGGCCGAGCUGUUCAGCCACAGAGGAUCCGGGACGCUCUUUAAAAAUGGAGAUCCGAUACACCGGUACAGCUCUCUGGAUGGGAUCGACCUGAACCGUCUGCUCGCUCUCAUCAACAAAUCUUUUGAUAAAACUCUGAAACAAGACUACAUCGAGUCCCUGAAGGGACGACUUCACUCCAUCUACCUCUCUGAAGGCUACAGUGCAGCAGCCAUCGUCACCAUGGAGCCGGUGAACCGGGGAACUCCGUACCUGGACAAGUUUGUGGUGAGCAGCAGUAAGCAGGGUCAGGGGACCAGCCACAUCCUGUGGGAGUGUAUCAGACAAGACCUGGGAAAACUGUUCUGGAGGUCCAGAGCCACCAACAGGAUCAACCCCUGGUACUUUAAACACUGUGACGGCAGCUUUGUGAACGGGGUGUGGACGGUCUUCUGGUUCGGUCUGACGGACAUCAGAGAUUCCUACGAGCUGGUGGAGUACGCCAAGAAUCUCCCCGACUUCUUCCACGUCCCCACUCCCACCUCCUCCCCAGGCUCCUGAACGCCUCCUCCCCAGGCUCCUGAACGCCUCCUCCACAGGCUCCUGAACGCCUCCUCCCCAGGCUCCUGAACGCCUCCUCCCCAGGCUCCUGAACGCCUCCUCCACAGGCUCCUG